AUGACAAUGACAAUCCCGGAUCCUUCGCGGGACCUUGCUGGUGUACGGGCUUCGUUGAGUGCGCUGCAGCAGACCAUCGAUCAGACUGAGGCUCUGCGCCGCGAUUUUUUGGCUACGCGACGUCGCGCGGAGGACCUGAUUGGUCAGCUCGCUGACGCGGCCAAUGCUGCGUCGCCAUACGUGCUCUUUUUUCCAGCACAAGUACGAAGUGGUACAUCACCAGCUGGAAUCUACUCGAACGGAGAUCGUCGAGUGCCUGAAUGCACUGCAGGAGUGUCUCGACAACUCCCGCGAGCUCGAAGCUUGCCUCUUCGGUAUCAUGAUUUGCAGCUCCGCUACAACGAAGCCGUGUCUGAGUUCCAAGAUCGGAUCUCCACUUUGGAGGCACAGCUGGCUGCCGCCUCUUCUUUUGGCGUGAUCGUCCCACCCGAUACUGCUCGCCGCCUAGCAAAUCUGGCGUCCCAGCUCGCGCGGUCCCACUCUGACUUGCAGGUCGCGCGUGAUCGCCAGUGUAAUGGGCUUGCUACGUGCCCACUACUUCGGCUUACACGUUAG